CAUUUUAUAUUUAUUGAUUCCGUUAUUUUCUAUAUAGUAAAUGAUGCACAUGCAUAUAUUAUUCCAUUCUCUUGGUUUUCUGCUACUUCUUCUUCUUCUACUUAGUUCAGGUUUUUUUAGAAAGAUUUGAAGUUUUUAACCAUGGUUAUGCAUUUUCUUCUUGUGCUUCUUUUUGCAGUAUCUACUGUUGUGGCUGAUGAAGAACCAUUUAUUGGGGUGAACAUUGGCACCGAUCUCUCAGACAUGCCUCACCCUACCCAAGUAGUAGCACUGCUUAAAGCUCAGCAAAUUCGACAUAUUCGAUUGUACAAUGCAGACCAAGCUAUGCUAACAGCACUAUCAAAAUCAGGAAUUCAAGUUGUCAUCUCUGUCCCUAAUGAAGAGCUUCUAGCAAUUGGUCAAUCAAAUUCCACAGCUUCAAAUUGGGUUUCUCGCAAUGUGUUGGCAUACUAUCCAGCCACAAAUAUCACGGCAAUUUGUGUUGGUUCUGAGGUUUUAACCACACUCCCAAAUGUAGCAAAAGUCUUAGUCAACGCUCUUAACUACAUUCAUUCAGCCCUUGUUGCAUCGAAUCUUGAUCGUCAGAUCAAAGUUUCGACGCCGCUUCCUUCUACCAUGAUACUUGAUUCAUUUCCACCUUCACAAGCCUUCUUUAACACAUCAAUGAAUCAAGUCUUGAAACCAAUGCUUGAUUUCUUGCAAUCCACUCAAUCUUAUCUCAUGCUUAAUGUUUACCCUUACCAUGACUACAUGGAAUCAAAUGGUGUGAUCCCUUUGGAUUAUGCACUCUUCAAACCAAUUCCACCUAACAAAGAAUCCAUUGAUUCCAACACACUUCUCCAUUACUCAAAUGUGUUUGAUGCUGUUGUCGAUGCAGCGUAUUUUGCAAUGUCAUAUAUGAAUUACACCAACAUUCCCGUGGUGGUGACCGAAACUGGUUGGCCUUCAAAAGGUGAUUCUAACGAACCUGGUGCAACACUUGCCAAUGCAAAUACUUACAACAGCAAUUUGAUCAAGCAUGUGUUGAAUAAGACCGGAACUCCAAAGCUCCCCGGGAUUGGUGUUAGUACUUAUAUCUACGAGCUCUACAACGAGGACAAACAGCCAGGGGCAUUGUCAGAGAAAAAUUGGGGACUAUUUGAUUCAAAUGGUGUGCCUGUUUAUGUUUUGCAAUUGACAGGUUCAGGUGCAGUUUUGGCAAAUGAUACAAAAGGUGAAACUUAUUGCGUUGCUAAAGAUGGUGCUGAUCCAAAGAUGUUGCAGGCUGGAAUUGAUUGGGCUUGUGGACCAGGAAAAGUGGAUUGUUCUCCAUUGUUGCAGGGAAAACCAUGCUAUGAUCCUGAUAAUGUUGUUGCUCAUGCUAAUUAUGCUUUUGAUGCUUAUUAUCAUAAGAUGGGAAAGUCUACUGAAUCAUGUAACUUCAAUGACAUGGCUACUAUCUCUACUUCAGAUCCAAGUCACGGUUCUUGUAUAUUUCCAGGAAGCCUUGGCUUCUCUAACGCCCCUGCUCCUGCACCAUCACAUUUUUCUGGCUGCACUCUUCUUAGAUGUGAAUUGAGAAUUAGAAGCCUUCUAAUUGUGAUAGGACUUCUAAUAUCGGAAGUGGUUUUGCUAUAAAUUUAUGCAUGUCGGUUAGACAAGGCAUUCUCUUUUAGGUAUUGUGGGGGAAUGGUUUAGAUUAUUGUCGAAAGUAAUGAUUUAUUAUUAUACACUAAUUUGUGGUUUAAGGGGUUAAUUUGCUUUAGUUGAAGUCGAAUUGAUGGUAUUACCUUA